AUGGCUGCGGAGAGGGUUGCGACGGUGAGCGCCGAGAUUCUCUUUAGCAGCCCGUCCAGGGCAAGGCAGGCUGGCGGGUGGCCUCUGUCCCAUGCAGCGGUUCCUGGAGAGAGGCGGAGCUGGGUGCCGAGCGGCUCAGAGAACUCAAUUUCCUGCAUCUACUGAGUCUCAAAAACCACAUCAGAAAAAAGCUCCAGAGUUUCCUAUUUUGGAGAAGCAGAACUGGUUGAUUCAUCUUCAUUAUAUCCGGAAAGAUUAUGAAGCCUGCAAGGCUAUUAUCAAAGAACAGCUUCAGGAGACUCAGGGAUUGUGUGAAUAUGCUAUCUAUGUCCAAGCAUUGAUAUUUCACCUGGAAGGAAAUAUCCAAGAAUCCCUAGAACUCUUCCAGACAUGUGCAGUUCUAAGCCCUCAGAGUGCUGAUAACCUCAAGCAGGUGGCGAGAUCUUUAUUUCUUUUGGGAAAACAUAAAGCUGCCAUUGAAGUAUAUAAUGAAGCAGCUAAACUCAACCAGAAAGAUUGGGAGAUCAGCCAUAACCUAGGAGUUUGCUACAUUUACCUGAAGCAGUUCAACAAGGCACAAGACCAGUUGCACAAUGCCCUGAAUCUUAAUAGGCAUGAUCUGACUUAUAUAAUGCUGGGGAAGAUCCACUUGCUGGAGGGAGACUUGGACAAGGCCAUUGAAAUCUACAAGAAAGCAGUGGAGUUCUCACCAGAAAAUACAGAGCUUCUUACAACUUUAGGAUUACUCUACUUACAGCUCGGCAUUUACCAGAAGGCAUUUGAACAUCUUGGCAAUGCACUGACUUAUGACCCUACCAAUUACAAGGACAUCUUGGCAGCAGGCAGCAUGAUGCAGACCCACGGGGACUUUGAUGUUGCCCUCACCAAAUACAGAGUUGUGGCUUGUGCUGUUCCAGAAAGUCCUCCACUCUGGAAUAACAUUGGAAUGUGUUUCUUUGGCAAGAAGAAAUAUGUGGCGGCCAUCAGCUGCCUGAAACGAGCCAACUACUUGGCACCCUUCGAUUGGAAGAUUCUGUAUAAUUUGGGCCUUGUCCAUCUGACCAUGCAGCAGUAUGCAUCAGCUUUUCAUUUUCUCAGUGCGGCCAUCAACUUCCAGCCAAAGAUGGGGGAGCUCUACAUGCUCUUGGCAGUGGCUCUGACCAAUCUGGAAGAUAUAGAGAAUGCCAAGAGAGCCUACGCAGAAGCAGUCCACCUGGAUAAGUGUAACCCUUUAGUAAACCUGAACUAUGCUGUGCUGCUGUACAACCAGGGCGAGAAGAAGAACGCCCUGGCCCAAUAUCAGGAGAUGGAGAAGAAAGUCAACCUACUCAAGGACAGUAGCUCUGUGGAAUUUGACUCUGAGAUGGUGGAGAUGGCUCAGAAGUUGGGAGCUGCUCUCCAGGUUGGAGAGGCACUGGUCUGGACUAAACCAGUUAAAGAUCCCAAAUCAAAGCACCGGACCACUUCAACCAGCAAACCUGCCAGUUUCCAGCAGCCUCUGGGCUCUAAUCAAGCUCUAGGACAGGCAAUGUCUUCAGCAGCUGCAUACAGGACACUCCCCUCAGGUGCUGGAGGAACAUCCCAGUUCACAAAGCCCCCAUCUCUUCCUCUGGAGCCAGAGCCUGCCAUGGAAUCAAGUCCAACUGAAACAUCAGAACAAAUAAGAGAGAAAUAAGAAUAGAAUGAAUGACCCCGAAGUAGGGUUUUCUUGGGCGAGGAUGUGCUGGAUUAGGAAAUGUGACAUGGCACAGGCAGAGUGGCACCCACCACAGAACAGAGUAUGUGUUAUGAUUACGAGGAGCCAGCAGUUGAGCUUAAGGUCCUUCUACCUACCUGGUAUUGGCAUUUGAGGUAGGAAACCCUCUAUUGCCCCACAAACCAGGAAAAGUGAAAAGACAGCACAGUUCCUUUAAGAACCGGCAACAAGGCUGGAGGCUGUAUGUAUGCAGCAGAGUCAGCAAGGUAUAUGAUGCUGUCUUUCAAAAGGACUUUUCUCUCCUAGCUGACUGACCCCUUCCUUAGUUCAAGAAACUAAGACAUCUGUUGAGUAGCCCUGUGAUGACAAAGCCUUGGUUUAACUGGGGUGAUCCUUAGGUUGUGAGGUUUAUUAGUCCCCAAGGCAAACAUAAAUAUUAGAUGAAUAAUCCAACUUUAAUAGUAUACAUUUAAAAGAAAAAAAAUAAAAGUCCCGUAAGUUGAGGCCCAGCCUGGUGAGUACUGCAGCUGCAUUUGCCCAAAGGGAAUCCAGAACAAGUCCCUCCCUGUAUUUUGUUCUUGAGAGGGGUCAGUCUAGAAGCCAGAUCCUAUCAGUAUGAGGAGCAGCAGCCCAGGGUUGUCUGGCUCAGCACCAAGGAUUUUUUUUUAAAAAGGAAGAGUUUCUUAGAUGAGUAAUUGUUAUUGAAGACAGUCAGUGAUAACCACUGACCAGAUGCUAUCAAUACACUAUGUGCCGUUUUUAGAAUAGAGAUUAUGUAUCAUCAUUCCUUUGGAGAAAAUUGUUAUUCAGGUAUAAAAACGAGAUCAAAAUAAAAACUUGAACCUGUGA